UUUCUAUGGCCUGAACAUUCUACUGAUUUAUUAGUUGGGAUGGAAUACAGUUUCACAGAAAUUCCCGUCUCGGAUCCAUUCCUGUCACUGGAGACGAACCUCGAAGACAUUACUGACAUUAUACGCAUGGAUGGUCCGGACAAUCUUCCAAUGGAUACCUCAUGGAGCGGGCAUGAACAACAGCCACAAACCAGCGGCGGCCAAGUCCAAUAUGCGAAACCGGUUCCUCGACCGAAUCAGCAUAGCCCACCGCAGGACUACUAUGAUCCAAAUAGGAAUCGUGAAAUUGGUUCUAUCGUUUCGCUCCUGCAAUCACAUUCUCCUCCGUCAUCAGAUCCCUAUGCGGCGAUGAAGUUUUCUCCGCCGAAUUUCGACGCCUCCCUGAACGGUGGUGGGCCGGCAAGCAUGUUGCCCAAGCUGGGCCCUCCUACUGUACCACCGAUACAGCUUAAUCACUACCAGAUUGGCUCUCUGUCUCAGCAGCUGGCAGCUCCCUCCAUGCAACCACUACCUCCGGUGAUGUCGCCGCCAGAGAUGUACAUUGAUACGAAACAGACGUAUAUGCAAACCCAGCCUGAGCAAGAUUAUGUACUCUCGCCGGGUGUAUAUUCCUCCUGUCAAACGACAGCGGCCACCUGCGUGAAGUUAGAAUCGCCAGUGUCCGUACAGAUGACUCGAACAUCGUCCGGUGGCAGUAUGGGCGAUUUUAUGCCACCUUCUGUACCCAUUAGCCCUACCACCACCAAUGGUACAACCACGAAGGAAGAACUCCUGAGAUUACUGGUAAACAUGUCUCCCGGUCAGGUGGAACGACUCAAAGGAAGUACGCGCUCAAAUUCAAUAGUUCGAUCACGUCCUUCGGCGGUGGCCACUAGAGUGCCGAGAGAUGAUGUGUGGCCUCAAGAUGAUGAUUCAGACGAUGAGGAUGAGCUGACGAUCGACGAGCCACGACGUAAAGGCCCAAAAACAGAACGACGAACUGCCCACAAUCUGAUUGAGAAAAAAUAUCGCUGCUCAAUCAAUGACCGUAUACAGCACUUGAAAACGAUAUUGGCCGGAGACGAUGCGAAACUGAGCAAGUCAGCGACUUUACGAAAGGCAAUAGAGCAUAUUAGUAGGCUGGAGGCUGAAAAUCAAGACCUGAGACUGGAAGUGCAGCGGCUUUCAUCAGUCCUCCACAGCCACAAUAUUGAGGUCAUUCCACCGCCACAGACGAUGCUUAUGGGAUCGCCCGCAUUAAGCUCCUCUACAUCAUCUCCCGGCAUUACGACGUCUCCAGCAACUUCACCGAGGCUACCAAUGAAGGGGGCAAAGCGUCCACGAACGAGUAUGGAGCAGGGACGAGUGACCAUCUUCGCUAUCAUGUUCGCAAUGCUAAUGUGGAAUCCGCUGAGCAUGUUAGCCACUGGUUCAUCGGUUUCAACGAACCGCAACGGUUACCACGAAUCUUUGCCUUCAGGUGGACGAAUCAUCAGUGAGAGCGGAGAUCCAUUUGAUAACUACCUCACACCGGAUGAAUGGUGGCAGACUCGCGUAAUUCAACCGUGCUUCGUGUGGUCCGUGAAUAUCUUUGUUGUCAUCUGUGUGCUAACCCGGCUACUCGUUUACGGUGAACCAGUACAGGACUUCAAAUCGCGUUCUUGGCGUGUGUUCCUUACGCUCCGAUCACGAGCGCGUGAAGAGGCAAACGUUGGGAAUAUACGAGAAGCACAACGGCAGUACAUCGAAUGCUUACAGAUCCUGGAACGACCACUACCAUCAGCCGGUGUUGAACAAGCACUCUCGGUUGUCUGGCAGAUCAUACGACAUACACUGAAUGGCCUUUGGAUUGGCAGAUGGUUCUCUCGACGAAGACGAGAUGCUGGAAAACCAGUGACGGUCGUGUGCAAGAGCCACGCCCACACUGCAAUGAUUUACCAUAAAAUGCAUCAGUUGCAUCUACUGGGCGUUGACGAAUCGAACGAAGGCGUUUCGGGAUUAUAUUUGGCUUUAUCGGCCGUGAAUCUGGCUGAAAGUGCCGGUGCAUCGACAGAUGGUUUGCCAAGAAACGUCUUGGCUGAUAUCUACAUCGCUGCUGCUAUCAGGUUUCGAAAUUUAAUGGUAUCUAUUUGA